AUGGACCGGUUAGCACGUCUUCUCAGUUGCGUGCUGCUGGCAAUCCUCCCCCUCGCCGCGGCCCUGAAAUUCGACCUCCAUCCCGUCGCACCACACGACUCGGCCAAGUACGAGCGAUGCGUUAGGAACUUUGUUGCCAAGGACCAGUUGGUGGUUGUCACGGCGAUUCUGGACGGAUACCGCGGAGAUGGACAGAGAGUUGAUAUGCAUAUCCGCGACGCAAUGGGCAACGACUACCACCGCCCCAAAGACGUAGUGGGCGAGAACCGCUACGCCUUCACCUCGCACGCCGACUCAGCCUUCGACGUAUGUUUCGAGAACAUCUUCACCUCGUCCGGCUCGUCCAAGAACAUCGCACCCCGCCACGUUGAGCUCGACAUUGACAUUGGCGCUGACGCCAAGGACUGGAACGCCAUCCAAGCCGUCGACAAGCUGAAGCCUGUAGAAGCGGAACUCAGGCGGAUCGAGGAGACAGUUGGCGAGAUUGUCACCGAGAUGGAUUACCUGAGGAGUCGCGAGCAGAAGCUGCGUGAUACCAAUGAGAGCACCAAUGAGCGCGUCAAGUGGUUUGCGCUGGGCACUAUGGGUAUGUUGGUUGGACUGGGGGCUUGGCAGGUUGUGUACCUCCGCGCCUACUUCAGAAGCAAGCAUCUCAUCUAG